AUGGGCAGCCCCAUUUGCCACCUCCCUCACUCUCCUCUUCCACCGCCCCACCACCACCGCACUUCUAACUCUCUUCAAAAACUAAGCCUCACCCGCCGCUCCCUUCUCUUCCUAUCCACCACCGUGUCCCUCCCAACCCCAGUCUCAUCCGCCAUCACUCCACCACCACUAGACACCACCAUAACAGACAGAGUCUUCUUAGACAUCGGCAUCUGCUCGUCGUACUUCCAAAACCGAACACUGGGGGAUGACCUCUCUCAAUGCACAGAUUCCCAACUAUUAGGCCGCCUUGUUCUUGGCCUCUAUGGCAAUCUUGUCCCCAUAACAGUGUCCAAUUUCAAAGCCAUGUGUACUGGCUCUUCUGGCUCAACUUACAAGGGCACUUUGGUCCAAAAAAUAUUCCCGGGAGAGUUCUUCGUGGUCGGUCGACAAGGCCGGAGGGAUAAAGGAGAGGUUAAGCCACCCUUGCAAUUAGUUAAGAACUCAGAAACGGUUGAUUCUAAGGCUUUCUUGUUGGAACACUCGAGGGCUGGUGUUGUUUCAUUGUGUUUAUCAGAGAAUGAUGACGAUGAUGAUAUUAAGCUCAAUCCAAAUUACCAUAAUGUUGAAUUCUUGAUCACAACUGGACCUGGACCUUGCCCUCAGCUUGAUAAUAAGAAUAUAGUAUUUGGAGCUGUUCUUGAAGGGUUGGAUGUGGUGAGGACUAUAGCUUCAAUUCCUACUUACAAACCAUCAGAAAGAAUCAGGCAAUACAAUGAUUUUGCAGAGUUUAUUGGAGAUGGAAGAGCCAAAAAUGCCCGUGCAAUAUGGAAUAAACCCCUCGAGACUUUAUAUAUAAGUGAUUGUGGAGAAGUUAAGGUUGUAAAACCUAUGCUUUCUCCUACUCUACCUUAA